UGUUACACCUGAUUAUCCGAAUGUUUUAUAGUGAUUAUCCAGUAAAAAAAAUGCAAGUACAGCAUUUAAUGUAAAGGUGAAAAAUGUUAAGUAUACCCGAAUGCACUGGAUAUGGACUCUUGAAAACUCUCAUUUUAAGAUACAGAUAUAGAUUUGUUAACUAACAAUACCGUAUAAUCAAAUUCCGUGGAGGACUGGAUUUAUUUUUGGGCUUGGGCCCAAGCUUACCGGGCUUCCUGAUCCAUGAGGAUGCCCCGAAUCCCAUGGUAAAGUGGAUUGUCUGGAUGUAGUUUAAAUAUCAGCUUAAGGGAUUAACUUUCAGAUUAUGAGCAUACCAAAAUUGACGGUCGCGCUGAAGCUCCAUCCCCAAAAUUGAUUUGCAUAAUUCGAGUCUCAAAAAACCUGUUAAACGUGACAAUUACACUACCACGAAUUGGCUCUCCCUGCGCUUACAAAUUCCACUGUUUAGUCUGCAGAAGUGAGAAUUAAUCAGUCUCUCAAAAACCCUAGGAAAACCAUACACCCCUGCUAAUUAAGGUUCAACCAUGGCGAGAAACGAGGAGAAAGCUAAAUCUCUGCUUAACAGGUUUAUAACCAUGAAGGCCGAGGAAAAGACAAAACCUAAACAGCGCCGCCCUUUUUUAGCGUCGGGAUGCCGGGAUUUAGCAGAAGCCGAUAAAUGGCGUCAGCAAAUCAUGCGCGAAAUCGGCCAGAAAGUACUUGAGAUUCAGAACAGAGGGCUUGAUCCCACCAAUAUUAGGGAGCUCAACGAUGAAAUCAAUAGGUUGAUUAGAGAAAAGGUGCACUGGGAGAGGAGGAUUAUCGAGCUCGGAGGGCCGAAUUAUACGGUGAUUUCAGCCAAGAUCACGGAUUUGGAAGGCAAUACUGUUGAUGUUCUGAACACAGGUGGACGUGGCCCUGGUUAUCGGUAUUUCGGGGCCGCGAAGGAGCUUCCCGGUGUUAAAGAAUUGUUUAAGAAGCCUCCAGUGUUGCGGAAAAGACGAACGAGGUAUGACAUUUAUAAGAGGAUUGAUGCGAGCUAUUACGGGUAUAGAGAUGAUGAGGAUGGUAUGCUAGAAAAGUUAGAGAAGCUGUCAGCAGAGACGAUUAGGGCUGAAGCAGUUGAAGAAUGGAUGCAAAUGGAAAAUAUAACAAAGAAGUCAUCGAGAAAAGCUGCGAAGGUCGGGGAUGUAGGAUUAGCUCGACGAAUCUUACGUGAAGAGGAAGAAGAUGUAAUAGAAGAAGAGAGGAGGAUGUUGUCGGACAAGGAGGAGGAGAAGGAAUUUGUGGUACAUGUUCCUUUGCCAGAUGAGAAGGAGAUUGAGAGAAUGAUUUUAGGAAAGAAGAAGAGGGAACUUUUAUCUAAGUAUCUUAGUGAUGGUUUGUUGGUAGAGCAGGCCCAAACCAAGGCUAUGCUUAACAUCGCGGACGUUAGAUGAUAUGUCCAUCCAGCUUCUUCAUAAAGUAGCCUAGUGUUUAAAUAGCAAAUUCUUGUAAGUGUUGUGAUUAUGGUUCUUACUAGUUUUGGAUUUCUGCUUCUCACUGCAACUCCUUCAACUUGUUCUCAGUUCUAAUGCAGUUGGCAAGCGUUAAUGCUCUAAG